GGCCCAACAGCAUUCCCCAGGAGCGUGGAAGAGAGAGCGAGCACAAGAGAGCAAGGGGAAGAAAGUGAGUGACCCACAAACAAGCCUAACUAUGUUAACUCCACCAGAUUAACACUGCAGAAGCUCCCGGAGGAGCCCCUGCUGCUUCCCCUCGCAAACGUGACCCAUGACGGUGGGACAAUAUGGAGGAGGAGGGCAAAGAGCCGGAGGAGGAGUUGUGGUUUGUACAUCAUAAUGAGAUGACUGCUGAACUGUCAGAAAGAGGGAAGAGGUGGAGGUACAGCAGGAGAGCCAUGGUCACUCUGUGGAGGUGUGAUUAGCGGGGAUCAUCAGCUCUGACCCGGCGGACAGGGGAGAGUGUGCUUUCUUUUCUGUGCCCUGGACAUGGUGACUAACAGAGCAAAGGGAGAAGAAAAGUAAGACGAGAUACACAAAGACAUAAAAUUAAGACGACUUUUAGAUGGAUAAUCCAGACAGUGUGGGAGGAACAGAGGGAGGAGGAGACACAGAUAAACUGCAAGUAAAGGAGGUUACAGACGAAGACAAGCGAAUCAAAGACAAGCACAACACGAGGGAGAAGGAGAGCAGUGAGAGCAGGCCGAGCCGCCGCUGUCAGUGGAGGAGCCGCUGGGCUCUGACCGAACGCCUGGCCAUCAAUGUGUCAGGGAUGCGUUACGAGACCCAGCUCCGCACCCUGGCCCAGUUCCCUGACUCCCUGCUGGGUGACCCCCAACGUCGACUACGCUACUUCAACCCCCUGAGCAACGAGCUCUUCCUGGACAGGAGCCGUGUCUGCUUCGAUGCCAUCCUGUACUUCUACCAGUCAGGCGGGAGGCUGCGGAGGCCCGCCAACGUCCCCCUGGACGUGUUCAUGGAGGAGCUGCGCUUCUACGAGCUCGGAGAGGAGAUCAUCGACCGCUUCAGGGAGGACGAAGGCUUCCCCAAGGAGGAGGAGAGGCCGUUACCCACCAACGACAUGCAGCGGCGCCUCUGGAUGCUGUUUGAGUAUCCGGAGUCCUCGAGUGGAGCUCGCAUCAUCGCCAUCAUCAGUGUCAUGGUGAUUGUCAUCUCCAUUCUCAUCUUCUGCCUGGAGACGCUGCCCGAGUUCAGGAAGGAGAAGGAGCAGAGGGAGCAAUUCACCCUCGUACCUCACCCCACCAUCGAGAACGAAACCAUCUUGGUCCCACCUGUCUUCGAUCCCUUCCAAGACCCUUUCUUCAUCGUGGAGACGAUUUGCAUCAUCUGGUUCUCAUUCGAACUCACUGUGCGCUUGAUCUGCGCUCCGAGCAAGAUGACCUUCUUCAAAGAUGUCAUGAACACCAUCGACUUCUUCGCCAUCAUUCCUUAUUUCGUCACCAUUGGCACCGAGCUGGCCAAGGACAAAGGCACGCAGCCCUCUGUGUCUCUGGCCCUCAUCCGGGUCAUCAGGCUGGUCAGGGUCUUCAGGAUCUUCAAGCUCUCUCGUCACUCGAAGGGCCUCCAGAUCCUGGGUCAGACACUGAAGGCCAGCCUCAGGGAGCUCGCCCUGCUCAUCUUCUUCCUCUUCAUAGGCGUCAUCAUCUUUUCCAGUGCUGUCUACUUUGCUGAGGUGGACAGUCCUGACACGGCGUUCACCAGCAUCCCUGAGGCUUUCUGGUGGGCGGUGGUAUCCAUGACAACAGUUGGCUACGGGGACAUGUUCCCGGAGACGGUUGGGGGAAAGCUGGUGGGGUCCAUGUGCGCCAUUGCCGGCGUGCUUACCAUCUCAUUGCCAGUGCCCGUCAUCGUGUCCAACUUCAGCUACUUCUACCACAGAGAGACGGAGUGUGAGGUAACCUCACAGUACCAUCAUGUGUCCACAUUGCUGUGGGAAAAGGACAAAGAGGACGAUGAUGAGGAGGGAGAUGAGGGCGGAUUGGAUGAGGAGCCUGAAUUCACAGGAGAUGACGCACCUCUGUAUGGGCCGGACAGCCGGGGCAUCUGCCAUCCGCUCAAUGGGGCCCUUCUGACAGGUCUUUGGGCUGGACAAGCGACUGGCGAUCAGAGAGGAAUAAACUUCUAUCUUCAUGAACCUCUGGUCACUCAGGUCUGACACAGAGCAGACGGACUGACCGACUUUUCAGUCAUUCAAACCAAGAUGGAACUUCCAUAAAGACUUGUUCUGACACAAGCUCCGGUUUGUGCCUCUCAUGUGAUCAUGGUUUGUAUAGUUGAUACUUUUGCUUGAUUAUAUUACAACUCAACUCUUUUGGAAUUCGGUUCUAGCUAUAGGGAAAAUAACUGAUUCCGAAAAAGAAAACCUUGAUUUUAACCUAAGUAAAUAUU